AUGUCUUUAGGCGCAGAGAAGGAGACUCCCGAUGCAAGUAUGCAUGAUGAGCAGGCACAUGGUGCACUGGUUGCUCGUGGGGCAGUCACUAUUGCAAAAUUUACGAACUCCACAUUGCAGUUCGGUAACUCCGCAAUGAACACGUUCAUGGUACAUAUAGGCUAA